AUGGGCGUGCCGGAGUUUGUCAAUCUGGAGGAGCUGGAGGGGCUGGCGGAAGGUUCCAUGGAGAGAACGGCGUUCGAUUACUACAGGAGCGGCGCCGACGACGAGAUUUCGAUGCGAGAGAGCAGGGAGGCUUGGAAACGGCUGCGACUGGUGCCACGGAUGCUCAGGGGCGUUUCAGAUGUGGACACAUCCGCUCGAGUGUUGGGGCACGACUUAGCAUUCCCGGUGUUGAUCCCGCCCAUGGCCAUGCAGCGCCUGGCGCAUCGGGACGGGGAAAGGGCAAUGGCGAAGGCCGCAGCCAGACAUGGAAUACCGAUGGUGCUGUCCACGAUGGCGACUUCCAGCCUGGAGGAAGUUGCGACUGUAUGCCCCUCACCACUCCUCCUUUUCCAAAUCUAUGUGACAAGGCACCGUGACAUCACUCAAAAGCUAAUUGAGGAGGCCGUGGCUCUUGGGUACAAGGCCUUGGUCGUCACUGUGGAUGUGCCCUAUCUUGGGAAUCGGGAGGCAGAUGUGAGAAAUAGGCUGUCACUGCCAGACGACCUACAUUUGAAGAAUCUGCAGGGGCGUCUGGGGGUCGUAUCCAACCUCAUGCAUGGUGAUUCCCAGCAAGGUUCAAUGUUGACCCAAGCCUUUUCUGAGGACAUUGACCCGGGUCUAACAUGGGAAAUCGUCACGUGGCUAAAGGAUGUUUCGAAACUGCCAGUCUUGGUGAAGGGACUGCUGUCCCCUGAGGAUGCUGCCAUCGCCGUGGACAGAGGAGUGGAUGGGAUCAUUGUUUCAAAUCAUGGAGGGCGCCAACUGGACACUGCCAUAACUUCCUGCGACGCCCUGCCCGCGAUUGUGGCAAGGGUUCGUGGGCGUAUUCCAGUCCUGGUUGACGGAGGGAUUCGAAGAGGCACUGAUGUCGUGAAGGCUCUUGCCUUGGGUGCCUCUGCAGUGCUUGUGGGCCGCCCGCUGCUGUACGCACUGGCUGUGGGAGGAGAGCAGGGCGUGUGGACUGCCAUCCAGAAGCUAAAAGAGGAAUUCAAACUGGGGAUGGGGCUGUGUGGCACCAGCAGCAUCCAGGACAUCACCCCAUCGCUCAUUGCACCGUCAUCGAGCAGGGAGCGGCAGAUGUCCAGGCUAUGA